AUGCCGUCGGCCAUGUCAAGUUCUUUGGCAGGUCGAGCUCCGGCCGUCCUCCGACAUGGUCGACGAGUCCCGACAGCUCUGACCGGCCGCAACUUCACCCUCGCCGCCUCCAACGGCCUGGCCAGGGCUCAAGUCCAGAACAGCAGCGCGAAGUUGCUCCAGAAGCGCCUCUUCUCCUCGAGCGCGCUUCGUCCCAGUGCCGCGCAACCUGCGCCGAACCCCAAGGCUUAUCUUGAGAGCGGCGCAAUCAAGCCUUCUGCCGGCGUCGACGUCAAGAAGGUCUUGGUCAUUGGCAGCGGUGGUCUUGCCAUUGGCCAGGCUGGAGAGUUUGACUACUCAGACAUCGAGGAGCCCUGGGCUAACAAGACUCGCCAUGAAGGAUCGCAGGCUCUGAAGGCUCUGAAGGAGGCGGGCGUUAAGUCCGUCCUCAUUAACCCGAACAUUGCCACCAUCCAGACCAACCACACGCUCGCCGACGAGGUCUACUACCUGCCCGUCACCCCGGAAUAUGUGACGUACGUUAUCGAGAAGGAGAAGCCCGAUGGUAUCUUCCUCUCCUUUGGUGGCCAGACUGCCCUGAACCUCGGUGUUCAGAUGCAGCGCAUGGGUCUCUUUGAGAAGUACGGCGUCAAGGUCCUUGGAACCAGCGUCAAGACUCUUGAGACCAGUGAGGACCGCGACCUUUUUGCUCGCGCCCUUGACGAGAUCGACAUCCCCAUUGCCAAGUCGAUCGCUGUCGGGACCAUUGAGGAGGCUCUCGACGCCGCCGAGAAGGUCGGAUAUCCCAUCAUCGUCCGUGCCGCCUACGCGCUCGGUGGUUUGGGUUCCGGUUUCGCAAACAACGAGGAGGAGCUCCGCAACAUGGCUGCCCGCUCUCUCACCCUGUCUCCCCAAAUCUUGGUUGAGAAGUCGCUGAAGGGCUGGAAGGAGGUUGAGUACGAGGUCGUCCGUGACGCGAACAACAACUGCAUUACUGUUUGCAACAUGGAGAACUUCGACCCCUUGGGCAUUCACACUGGAGACAGUAUCGUCGUUGCUCCCAGUCAAACCCUGAGCGAUGAGGAGUAUCACAUGCUGCGAUCCGCCGCCAUCAAGAUUGUUCGUCAUCUUGGCGUCGUGGGAGAGUGCAACGUUCAGUACGCGCUCCAGCCUGACGGCCUCGACUACCGUGUCAUUGAGGUCAAUGCCCGUCUUUCUCGUUCUUCUGCUUUGGCCUCCAAGGCCACCGGAUACCCCCUUGCGUACACCGCCGCCAAGAUCGGCCUGGGCCACAGCCUCCCUGAGCUCCCCAACGCUGUCACCAAGACUACGACCGCAAACUUUGAGCCUUCCCUUGACUACAUCGUCACCAAGAUUCCCCGUUGGGAUCUUUCCAAGUUCCAGCACGUCAAGCGUGACAUCGGCAGUGCCAUGAAGUCUGUCGGUGAGGUCAUGGCUAUCGGACGUACCUUUGAAGAGUCUUUCCAGAAGGCUAUUCGCCAGGUUGAUCCCAGGUUCGUUGGCUUCCAGGGCGACAAGUUCGAGGACCUCGACCACGAGCUGCAGAACCCGACUGACCGUCGCUGGCUCGCCGUCGGUCAGGCCAUGCUCCACGAGAACUACUCUGUGGAUAAGGUUCACGAGUUGACCAAGAUCGACAAGUGGUUCCUGUACAAGCUGCAGAACCUUGUUGACUGUCAACAUGGUCUCGAGGCCGUCGGCAGUUUGGAGAAUCUGAAGAAGGACCAAAUCAUGAAGGCCAAGAAGCUCGGCUUCUCUGAUCGCCAGAUUGCGCUGGCUGUCGGAAGCACCGAGAACGAGGUGCGCGCCGCUCGUCUUGCCUUUGGCAUCCGCCCCUGGGUCAAGAAGAUUGAUACUCUUGCCGCCGAGUUCCCCGCCGACACCAACUACCUCUACACGACUUACAACGCUACUUCCCACGAUGUCACCUUUGAGGACAAUGGCAUCCUCAUUUUGGGUAGCGGCGUGUACCGCAUUGGUAGCUCUGUCGAGUUCGAUUGGUGCGCCGUCAGCGCCACCCAGGCCCUGCGCGAGAUGGGAAAGAAGACUGUCGUCAUUAACGUAAGUAGGACUUGA